AUAAUCACAACUGAUUUUCUCUAGAAUAAGAUUAAAAAUGGCUUCCAGAGCAGGACCAAGAGCAGCAGGGACAGAUGGCUCGGACUUCUCUCAUCGUGAGAAAAUUGUCAAUCACUACAAAGUGAGUGCAGACCUGAAAAAAAGUGUUCAGAAAUGCUUGAUUCCUCACAUGCUGAUUGCAGUGCUUUAUGUAGCAAAACAAGUAGCUGUAUUCCUGGGAUCAACCUAUUUUCAACAUUUAGUGUACUGGGAACAGAUCUGGCUGAUCAGUGGAUUUUGUGCAUUUAUUGCGUUUGGUGGAAUGCCAAAAAACGACAUGAAGCGACUGUGGGUGUAUAUCAUUGGUAAUUUGUUUUUUGGCUUAAUACCAUUGUUUCUUGGUGCGCUUGAAUUAGUUAACCAAGUCCAAAUUGAUUUUAAAGAUGUUAAGAAAGUUCCGGUAACAUGGAAAAAUUCGCCAAUGAAAAUGGCAAUGAUAGCUGUGUGUAUUUCUUGGCAAGUUUCAGGUCUAGUUCAAGGGUUUCGACUUCUUAACACAUGGAAAUCAAUGAGUGGCAAAAAGAAGGAGAGUUAAAAGCAUAUAAUUCACAAACCAUUAUACAAAUUUAUAUGUGAAUAGGACAAAUAUACACUGUUUUGUUGUUGUUGUUUUCUGUUUGACUCUUGGAUAAAAAAAAUGUGUGAUGGAAUUUUUAUUACAUAUAACAAAAUAUUAACGUUAUUAUUUAUUAAAGUCUUUAAAAGUCGAACCUUACAAGAUUAUUGACUUUAUCUUUAGGAUCUAGUAUUAUAAAUAGUGCCUUUGCCACCAAUUUACUGUUAAGAGUUUGCCACACUAUUGUUAAAGAAAUCAUUACCACAGUAAUUAGGGGUUGAAGGGUGGGGGAGGGCAUUAGAAAUAAUUUUGUUUUUGGGAGCUUCUUUAGGUAGUGCCACACAAAAUGUUUUGAUUUGCUAUUAUAUUCUUUCUUUUUCUCCAUGGCAAACUUUCUUCUAUGUUGUUUAUGUUUAAAAUCCAGAGUAUCUAGCAAAAAACGGGUUUUUUAACUUUUUUAUAUAUAUUUUAAACCCACUUAUUCUGGACUUUAAAAUUAGAUAUAUCAAAUCGGAAUGAGAGUCUAAAUUAGCAUUAAGCUCCUGAUAAAAGCGGUUUUGUUAGUUAUUUUUGUGGCACUCCCUAAUGACACUGGAAACAUGUUACAUUCAUUCAAGAAUAAGGUGUAAAAUACUUUUCUAAUUGUCACUGCAAUAAAAGGCAAAGAAAGCACAAUUAUUUUUGCAUAACAUUUUGUUAUUUUGCUCAACAUUUUCUAAAAGUAACAUACCAUGCAAUUUCGAAGCAGUACCAAUCGAAUUUAAUUAAAACCUCUUUAACCAAGUGUAUAUGCAUCAUAUUACAGAUUUCCGAAAUGUACUGUUGCUAUGAAGUAAAAUAUAAACGUAUUUAUAUGUUGUAUAUGUGGAACAUUAGAUAAUUUUAUUUGUAUUAUUAGGGACUAGGUUAUUUUGCUGACUCAAGUUAUUUGUUUUUAAGAUUUCAACAAUGUAUUGUCCAUAGUUCUGUUUUUCUAAUUUGAAAAAAUGCAAGUAGAUCAGCUGA